AUGGGUCUCAUAAGGAUGGGUUCCGGCAUAAGUAGCGGAUCAGCCUCUCAGCAUUUUAAAUCAUCGGAAAAUGCUAUGUCGGAUGUGAAUAGGUUUCACAUGAAUAACUUUGUCAACGGGAGUGGUGUUGGUGGCAGUCCGGUGAUGAAGAUGGGACAAACUCCGAUGAACUGGAACAGAAACUUCUCACCGUCACCGCAAGACUCUGUUGCGACACCUUAUCAAGGCAGUAAUAAUCAGUACGGAUGGUCUCAAGAGUUUCAUCAGACAUCCGAGUCUCCAUCUCAAGGUUCAGUGAAUCGGCAUCAGAGCCAAAGUCCAAAGCAUAAUCAGCGUCAUAUGAACCUUCCAUAUAACACACAUAUGCUCUCGGGGCCUAGAAUGAUGAUGAGGCCUACAAAUGGGGCUAGUAUGAUGCGACAGCAACAGCAUGGAGAAGUCAAGACAUCGUGGGAUGAGCAAUUCAAGGAAUUAGAGCGAGAAGUUGCUGAGAAUCUAAGUCUAAAAGAGGAAGAGAUAGUAUCAGAGAAACUGGAAGAGAAGACCAGUGAUGCAAAACAAGAAGAUGAUAUUGUUGUUGGUGACCAGUACCAAAGUGAGUUUCAAGAAGUUUGGGACAGUUUACAAAAGGAUUCAGAUGAUUUACUUACAGAGGAACUCGCGGGUGAUUCAGCUUGGGAAACGGAUUAUCAGAAAUAUAUCAGUGGGAAGAUCAGCGGUAACAUGGAAUACAAGUUUGAUGAAAAGAAUGAAUACCUGCAUAAUCCCAACGCGUAUGAAAUUGGGUGUAUACUAAUGGAAAAUGGUGCCAAGUUGAGUGAAGCGGCAUUGGCAUUCGAGGCUGCUGUACAGGAAGAUCCUGAACAUGUUGAUGCUUGGUUAAAGCUCGGUGAGGUCCAAACCCAAAAUGAAAAGGAAAUAAAUGGGAUCUGUGCCCUGGAGGAGUGCCGCAAGCUAGAUCCCAGCAACUUAGAAGCAAUGAAAAAUCUGGCUAUUAGUUAUAUCAAUGAGGGUUACGAUGUAAGUGCAUUUACCAUGCUGAACAGAUGGGCAGAGACAAAAUACUCCAACCUUUUAGAUUCUAAUGAAGGCAUUACGAUUAGCAACGAAGAGGAGAGAUUCGCGUUGAACGCAAAGAUCCGCAGAGAGUUUUUACAAAUAGCGAACAGACUACCUCGAGUGGAUCCCGAUGUUCAGCUGUGCCUUGGCCUGCUGUUCUACGCCGAUAGCGAAUUUGACAAGACUAUCGACUGUUUCAAAGCUGCACUAAGUGUUAAUCCAAAUGAUGAGCUGAUGUGGAAUCGUCUGGGAGCUUCUUUAGCCAAUUCCAACCGUUCCGAGGAAGCCAUUCAGGCGUACUACAAGGCUCUGCAGUUGAAGCCUUCCUUUGUAAGAGCCCGUUACAAUCUGGCAGUAUCAUCUAUCAACAUAGGCUGUUACAAAGAGGCUGCAGAGUACCUACUCUCUGCCUUGAAGAUGCAUGAAGUCGAAGGAGUCUCACAGAAUGGUACAGCAAACCCAGUAAGUGGUAAUAACAACAUUCUCGAGACUCUAAAGAGAGCAUUUGUCGCGAUGGACAGGCGGGACUUGCUUGAGAAAGUCCAACCAGGAAUGGACCUCGAACAAUUCCGUGGAGAUUUUAAGUUCUAA